GAAAUCCCUGAGCUUCCGGGUUCCGUUUCCCGUUUUCCCGCCAUGUCGUUCUUGGCUAGUGGUAGCCGCUCGUUUCGCCACCGCAGACCCGGGCCUCAGGCCACCCUCGUACUCCCUGCCUACGCCUCGCCCUCCCAGGUUGGCGGCAGCUGGGGGGAAGGAGAGGAUGACUACGAGGACGAAGGGGUAAACGAAGUGGUCCGGGACCUGCGCGCCGAGCUCUUGGCUGACACGCCGCAGUCUCAGCCACAUAAACAUAAUGGGGUCACCCUGAGAGUGCCUGACGCAGCCCGAGCUCCCCGGGGCCGGCGGUGGCCGGUUCAGAUCCUCUCGGUGGUCUGUUCCCUUCUCUUCGCCGCCCUUCUUGCUUUCCUCCUAGCUAUCGUCUACAUGGUCGUGAAAGAAUUGCAUGCUGAGAAUUUGAAGACUGAAGAUGGUGUAGAGACUGGUUUAUUAGGAUUCUGGACUUUGUUUGUUAUAUCCUUAACAGCAGGAUUCUCAUGUUGCAGUUUUUCUUGGACAGUGACUUAUUUUGAUUCUUUUGAACCUGGAAUGUUCCCUCCUACUCCUCUUUCACCAGCAAAGUUCAAGAGAUUGACAGGUCAUUCCUUCCACAUGGGCUACAGCAUGGCAAUUUUGAAUGGCGUUGUGGCUGCUCUCACUGUAGCAUGGUGCCUCAUGUGAAUCCACGUUGGUUCCCUGGCAAAAUCAUUUUCUACAGAAUGCAGAAUAUCCAAUUCAUGUUUUUUUAAUAAAACAGAAGAACAUCAUUUCCCAUUUUAGAAAACUGGAUUAUCUGCUAUUCAUUGAAUGCUUCAAAUUCCUCGUCAUCAACAACAAACCACUGCCCUUUGAGUGCUGAUGUUCUGUGUAUGUCACUGUCUUAGACAAGGAGAAUCUCUAACUUUUAAAGUUUCAGGUGCUUUUAUAUGGAAUUUGAGAGUUUUACCUCAUUUUUUUAAACAUUUGUAUGUUUAUAUGUUUUUUUAAGAAAGUAAUCCUAAAACUUGAAUGUAGGUCCUAAACUUGACAGUAUGCUUCUGUAUAAGUAUAUUGGCCUUCCAUUAAGAAACAUUGGAAUUACUGAAAUAGUAGAAUUUUAAUUCUCAUUUUUAUAUUAUAUCAAACUAGUGUUAUUCGAUUAGAUUAGCAAAGGAAACACAUGCUUCCUACUUUUACAUUUCAUACUUUAAAAAUUGUUGGUGAUCUGUACAAUCAGAAUUUUUAGACUUUGAAUUAUUCAUCCACUAAGAAUGAUAUUUAUAGAUAUUUUUCUAUUUUAAUAUGCAUUUCUAUAAUGCUUUUUGUAUUUUUAAAUUUUUUUAAUUAGUUCUUUUAAUAUCAGUGCCAAUUUUAAGAGAUUUUCAAAGUUAUUAAGUAAUUUUAGAAUGUCAUUAAUUGGUUUAUAUCUAGUUCCCUACUCUAAUUGCACAUUGUUUUGUUUUUGUUUUUUAAAGGAAAAAAACACACUACAACCUUAGAUUUUUAAAUAUGUUUUUACAAAAAUAGCCUGUUUUGUUUAUUGUGAGAACUGAUUUAAAAAGCAAACAUUGGAAUUAGAAAACCACCUCAGUUCUAGAAUGUGGAAUUUGAAAUAAGCUAUUCUAACACCAAAAUUAUAUUAGGAAAGAUUGUGUUGUCAGUCUACUUGUGUAAGAUAAACAAGAACAGAGAAUUUUCGUCACAUUUCCCCAAUUUUCGUUAAGUAUUUUGCUAUGUGAAGUGAUUUAGUAAACAAGUUUUCUAAUAGCAUAGAAUUUUGUGUGUAUGUAUGUGUGUGUGUGUUUCCUUUAGAAUCUUUAAAAAGCAAAAAAUUACAAUGGCUGCUCCAAAAUAAACAAAAUGAUGUGGAAUACUUUCGUAGAUUAGUGUGUAUUUAAAGCAAUCAGGAUUAAGUAUUCAUCAGUUAUUUAUUAACUGCUCACAUUCUUAAGGGUAUUUACAUCUUAUUCUGAAUUACUCUAUUGGUAAUAAAUACUUAGGUCCUCAGAUCAAAUCUUUGCAAAUAUUAGAAUUGCCAAAAGCUUUCAUGUUACUCAGCAAUCCCUUCUAGGCUGGUGCUAAAGUGCUAUUUCCUUUCACUAGCAUAGCAACACAUUACAUCAGGAAUUCUGAUGGUCAUUAUUGCUUGUGACAAAGAAUGAUACAUCUAUCAUAUUUUGUUUAAUAAUGUGGUUGACCCAUGGUCUUUCUUCCCUUUUUUUCUGGUUUGACUUAGCUCGAUGUGAAAACCAGUAUUGUCUCACUAUGUACUUCAUCUCUUUGGAAGGGCACAUAGAUGAUACUCUUUGUGAUAACCAAGAAAUGGACUCAUUGACCUCAAAGUGCUUUGAAGCUGACUAAAAUUAGUUCUGUUUUUAAUCUGUAUGCUACUUUAUAAGGAAUUGGUCUUUGAAACACAAAAAAAAAAUUUUUAUUUGUCUCUUAUUGGUCUAUUAUUCUUUGAAAAUGUUUUUGUUGUAUAAAUUACAUAGCAAGACCUACAGUACUGCCAUUGUGUAUCAGGAAUAUAAACCUAUUUCUACAGAUUUUUGUGGCAUUAAAUAAGAUGAAGACAUUUGUUAGAUUUCAGAGAUACUUCAGCCCCUAAGAGCAAUAUCACUUCCAACUGAGGAGAUCACUGCUGAACCUUCCAAAGAAGCUCUUACAAGACUCUUAGGAAAUUGUGAACAUUUUAGCAGUAAGUACAUAAAAGAAUGAUAAUAACAGCAGUAACACAUUUAUGUUGUGCUUUAAGGUUUGAAAAGUGCUUUAUAAAUAUUAUCCCGUUUUCUCCUCACAACAACCUUGGGGGUAGGUGCUACUAUCAUCUCCAUUUGACAGAUGAGGAACCUGAGGCUGAGAGAGGUUAAGGAUCUUGCCCAGGGUCACAUCAUGGCUAGUCAGUGUAUGUGACAGGAUUCAAUCCCAGAUCUUCCUUGACUCCAUGUCCAGUUCUAUUCACUGUACAACCUUGAUUCCUAGUUUAAGGAAGGAGAAUAUUUCUCCUAGUUGAGGCAAUAUAUGCUUUUGUCUUAUAACCAGUUUGUUUUUGCUUUUGAUUCUCUUUUUUCCUCAGGGGAUAAACCAUUGUUAGCUGAUAAAAAAGCACCUUCUUUUCAGGGUUUUGACUAAUCUACUCUCUGAUGUUUCUUGAAGUAUGUCAUGUAUAGAUGAGGCAAAUCGCUAAUAAGAGAAAUACAAAUAAAAACAACUCAUUAUUUCACUUGACAUCCAGUCAGUUGGUAAUAAAACAGUCAGUACUGGAGGGGCUGUGGAAAGACAGGCACACAAAGUGAUCCAACUCUUCUGUAAAAUAUUGUGAAAUUAUACAAGGAAACUGAAUAACUAUUCAUGUCCUUCAAGCCAGUAAUUGCAGACAGAAUAUUGGUUCACACUGUGAUUAUAUAUGUGUACCUAAUGGAUGAUAAAAAAAAAUUAUAUUUACCUCUCCUCCCCAGGAUGUUAUGAAGACUAAUAUCUGUUUAUGAAAUGCCUUAUCUCAAAACUGCUUAAAGAAUCAGUACCAGGUAUUUCAUAAGUAUUUGAAGGUGGUUUUUAUCCAUUUGUCUAAGGUUGCAAAUUUGAAUCCAUCCAAGGUUGAAUAUCCCUCCCUUUCCCUCUCCCCUACCCAAUGUGCACACACAAAAUAAUCUGGAAGAACUAUAGAAUCAUAGAACUGGCGGGGACCUUAGAGAUUAUCCUAGUCAAAUCUUUUCAUUUUAUAAAUGAUGCUGAGGCAGAAGGUUAAAUCACUGCAAUUAUUUCAUACAAUUAAUAAGAGAACCAGGACUAGAACCCAUAUCUUACACUUCCUAGUCCUUACCAAGCUUUGUCUUGUCCCCUAUUUACUUUUCACUUUCAAUUUUGGGAAGAAAAUUGUAAUUUUUUUUCUAUAUAAUUUCCUUUUGACAGCCAACUGCUAUGGCUGGCAUCAAGAGCCACUCAGAAGGCUUGAUCAGAGCUGAGCCAUAUAAGCAGAUAUGAACAACUAUCAAAAAAGGGAGAUUACUUAAGUACUAAUUUGCUUAUUCUUAAACCAUCGGAGGUUCAACCUGGAAAAGUUUGUUAUACACUAUAACUUUUGUGCUUCAUCCUGUCAGUUCACAUAAACAAGCAUAAUUCUUUUUUUUUUUCUAGUUAGCAAAAUUGCCCUAAGUAUGGUAUGUUGCCUAUAGCCUUAUCAUGGUCUUAACUGAAAGAUUUUUUUGAACCACUCUAUUCUUGUUGCAUUUUUGAGAUUCUUCAUGUUGCAUGGGUACUUAAGAUCCUGUUUUAUGUAUCUAGUAAUUUUUUUUUACUCUUAAGAGAUUGGCUUUGUAAUUUCUUAAUAUCUAUCUACUUUUUUUAAUCAUGCUGAACUAAAACUAUGUUCAUCAUAUAUAAAGUUUUACCAUCAUGUAACUGCCCUUUCCUUUAGUGUAUGUGUUUACAAUACUGAAAUAAACUUUCAAAACCGA